AUGUGCUCUUAUGUUUUAAAUUGGAUUAAGAAAUUUGUUUUUGAUAAAGAUAAGAAUUAUGCAUUUCCUGAACGUGCUUAUAAUGAUGUAAAGGAUAUGAUUGAUUCAUAUCCAUCAAUGGAUUUUUGGAUUGAAAAUUAUGAAUUUGAAAAACAGAAGCAACAAGUUCUUGCUAUAAAGAUCAUUUUUUCUAUUAUUUUUCAUGAUAACUCAUAUGAUAUACCUGUUGUUUUAUGGAUUCCAUUGUUAUAUCCGCAAAAAGCACCUGCUGUUUUGAUUGUUUCAGAAGAAGGUACUGUUAUUAGACAGAAUAACCAUAUUGACUUUGAUGGUCGUUGUAACUACCCAUAUUUAACACUUUGGAAUGAGCAUUCGAGUGAUUGUAAUUUGAUUCGUCUUUGUAUUUUUCUUAGAAAAGUAUUUUCAAAGGAUAUCCCAAUCGUCUCUUCAGCAUCUGAACAUAUAUCUCGAUCAUUUAGUUCCACAUAUCCAAAAAGUUCAUUGAAUGAUUAUGAUUUACCUGUGAAAUCUUCUAAAUAUUCAUUUCCUCCUCCUUUACCUGAUAAGCCUUCAAAUUUCUUGAUUAAGUCUGCACCUUUAUUACGAACGAAUAUACCAUCUGAAUUUAUAAAAAAAGAGCCUGUUAAUAUACUUGAUUCUCCUGAUAUUAAUGCAUGUGCACAAGAUUUGUCUUCAUUAGCUGUUAAUUCUAUACAAAAACCUCUAAAUCCUAUUAAUUUGCAGCUUAUUAAACAAAUAGCAUUCGUUCUUCAAGAAAACGCAAAAAAGGUUCAAAAAACAAUAGCUCAGUCACUUUCUCAAGCAAAAAGUGAUAGAAGAAAAGUUCUCCGUUUUCAAGCUCAAAUUGAGCGAGAGAAGACAGAAUUUGUUUAUUUUAAAGAGCAAUGUGAGAAAAAUAUAUCUAUUUUAAAGGAAAGGAUUGAAGCUUCUGAAUUUCUUAUUAGAAAGUAUAAAAAUAUUGAAGAAUAUCCGAUAGAUGAUGUAGUUAUUCCAAAAAAUCAUCUUUCUGAGCAAUUUUACGAAUUGAUUUCAGAUCAAAAAUCAAUUGAAGAUGCAAUUUAUGUUCUUUGGAAAAUGUUAGAAUCUGAGAGGAUUGAUUUGGAUACAUUUCUUAAACAUACUCGGAAUCUUGCACAAGAACAGUUUAUGAAAAAAGCAUUAAUAAAAAAAAUUAAUCAAAAAUUAGAAAUUUCGCAAUGA